CUAUACAGUUUAAGACUUUCGCAGAGUGAAAGAGGAGAACAUGGCAAUACCCCUACAGCCUGAAGAACAACAAUCUUUAAAGCAGAUGAUUGGUGGGAGCUCGAGGCUACGAUUAACGCUUCUUUACAAAGUCAGCAGAGAUGGAGUUAGCGCCUGGACCUUUCACACCAAGUGUGACUCCCAGGGACCCUCCAUUACUGUAAUCUACAACACCAAGGGUACAGUGUACGGGGGUUACACGUCACAGAGCUGGCUGGGUGCUGGAACCGAAUUCGGUGCACACGAUGAAAAAGCUUUCCUUUUUCAAGUUAGAUAUAAUGGGAAAAGUGUAAAUAACAAGUUUCCAAUCAAAGCAGAUAAGUACGCAAAUGCAAUUGCCUGUCGAUUGUCCUCCGGGCCGGUAUUUGGAAGAGGAGAUCCAAACAUGCCGUAUUUUACAGGUAAGAUAAAUCCGUCAAACGGAGUUUACACAUUAACGACCGCAAAAGUAGGCACUGUUUAUGAUAUGAAAAGUACUGAUAUUUCUGCAUUUACCAAUGAUAGCCUGGAAGUGCACGACAUUGAAGUUUACAAAGUCGAUGAGGGAGAAUUUCAACUGACUUCACAUUCCUGGAGAGUUACAUCUAAAUUUGAUAACCAGUACAUGCAAGAGUUGAAAAGAGACGUGGAAGAAUACACCCCGUUGGAAGAAACUGGGGUAGAGCAAGUCAAAGUGCUUCUUACCGGUCAAGUGAAGGCUGGGAAGUCUAGUUUCAUCAACACCAUCAUCUCAAUAUUCAAAGGAGCCAUACAGUGCCAGGCUCCGUCUGGAUCAACGGGGAAAAGCCUGACAACCAAGUUUAGAAACUAUGACGUGAAGAAGGGAAGAUCAGGACCACCUUUAAACUUUAAGUUGUGCGAUACGAAGGGUCUGGAAAUUGAUGAUGGAAUAGAUCCCACAGAAUUCUCUUACAUCCUCGAUGGAAACAUGCCGGACAAGUAUUUGUUUAAUUCUUCAACGCAGUUUAGUUCUGAUAGUUCUGGUUAUGUAGCAACUCCAUUACUGAAAGACAAAAUUCACAUCGUUGUCAUCGUGAUGGAUGCCACAAGCGUAGACAUUUUCCCACAGGCGAUAAUUGAUAAAAUAAAAAAACUGCAAGCAAAAGUUAAUCAGAAAGGAAUUCCACAAGUUGUCCUUCUUACACAAAUUGACAAGAUCUGCGAAGGUUUGCAAUGGAACGUCUCCAAUACUUUCUCUAUUCCCGCCAUCGGAGAUCUGGUCGACAAGGCAGCGGACCUCGUGGGCCUUCCUCGUGCUCACAUACUUCCUGUCAAAAACUACGAGAGAGAAAUGGAGCUUCGACAAGACAUCAACAUUCUAGCUUUGUUAGCUCUCCGGCAAAUACUGAAUUUUGCCGACGAUUAUUUGGCAAGCUACUAACAUACUAGAUGAAGAAUUGAAUGAUACUUAAUGGAUAAAAUGAUGUUAAAGUGAUUGUGUUAUAUACAUUUUAGCAUUGCAGAGUUGACUCUGUAAUAGCCAGUUUUAAUCAAUGCUAUUACUUGUCUUUAAUUUUAUCUUAAAGCUGCUUGGUCCCGUUUUUGUUAUCAUAGUAUCAAACAAUUUUCCAUAUAAACCAUUUGUUUUACAAAAGUUAUGAACGUUCUCCUAUUUACACCAGCAGAAUCGGUCUCCUUUCAAAGUUACAAAUAUUCAAAGUAAAUUAAAAUAGUUUCUUUUCGGCAGACGAAAAAACAAACCAAAAGGCAUCAUGGGAUGUUUAGAAAAGGAACCGUUUGGUUUCGUCCCCAAACAGAUUGGAGUUGUACAACCCACAUGCUAUACAUAGAUUGUAAACAAAGAAAACCUCAGAAAUAUUAGCAAAACGUACACAGGUUUAUUUGUAGUUUGCCUGAACAUUAUGACCUUUAUUUAUAGCGAUCGUAAAAAAGUCGUAAUACAACCAUGCCUGUCUUGACGUCAGGGGUGAAUUUUAACAUUAGGCGAAAUAACGCAAUACCCUUUUAUGUCGUUUGUUUUGUGAACAAAUUUUGUACAUAUUUUUUUUCAUUGAAAGUUGGAUUAAUUGACUGAGAAAACUACUGCUUUUUCCAUUAAUAAACAUAUACUUAGCAUAACCAUCGUUUAAAAACGUGCACAAAAUUUGAUAUUAAAUCGGAUCAAGCAGCUUUUAUAAUUUUACAUAAACUAUAUAGUUUUGAUAUUUUCUUUUCAAGCAAAACACGAUAAUUUGAUAUGAAUAAAUGAUUUAUAAACGUAGAUACAUGUAGCAGAAUGCUGAAUUUAUUUACAUUUUCGAAGCAACUAUGGUUGUACUAAAUCCGUAUUUUUCAGAUAUCAUAACAAAUGAAUAGAUUUUGUAUGUAAAGAUUAUUUUUGACGAAACAGGGGAGUUGUAUGAUAUUAUGUAUUUCUCAAACAAACUGAUUAAAAAAAAAUAUCCUGUGUGAAUAUUUAAUGCUUAAGAAAGCUGUUUAAAUAUAUACACAAAAUUUGAUUGUUCAUAUGCAAAAUAUGUUAACAUAAGAAAAGAUGCACAUUUUUUGUUUAAAGACAUUGUUGUAGAAUCAUUUAGAAAUGUAAAUGUAGCAAUUUUUAUUACUCUAUAUUUAUUGAUACGAAAUUUCAUAAACCAAUCCAAGAGGAUAAAUGGAACAGGAUAUUUAACAUUACAGAAAGUUGUAUUUGGAAAAAUGUAUAUAUGUCUAAAAUUAAGAGUAUGUAUGAGAAAAGAAUAUCAGAAUUUAACUACAAAUUGUUACAUGGUAUUUUGAACAACAAUGCUUAUGUAAGCAAGUGGAAUAAAGAUGUAUCCCCGUUAUGUGAAAUAUGUGAAGAUGAAGAAAAUACUAAACAUUUACUAUAUGACUGUAAAACUAUCAAGACUAUCUGGGAGAAAGUCAGCUCCUUUCUAAAAGUUGAUAUUACUUGGAAAAUUAUUUACUGGGUUUCUAUGCUGACGUAAGAGACAAAACACUGCUUUUAAACAACCUUAUAGCUUUUAUUGCCUUUAGUAUGUUUAAAUAUAAGAUGAAAUGUAAAUUAAAGGAUGAGAAAAUAUCAGAGAAAAACCUCUUAUUUAGUUUGAAAAGUAAUCCGUGUAUGCAAAAUACUGUUCUAAAAAUGACUGGUUGUAUUAGAAAUGAUAUUUACCACGAUAUAGGUAAUUAUUUGUAGACACUAAAUGUGCGAUGUAUGAUGAU